AUGCGAGCACAACUCCAAAAUGAUCCAACAGCACAAGAAUUUUCUAAGCAAUUACUGGAUCUUGGAAACGGUGAUAUAGAAUUUCAUAAAGAUACGCAACAUAUUACAUUGCCAGAUAAUUUCUGUACUGUCGUUGAAACUAAAAAUGAACUGAUUGAAAGUGUCUUCCCAGAAAUACCAAAUAACUACUUAAAUAAUGACUGGCUUAGUAAUCGUGCAAUUUUGGCAGCGAAAAAUGUUGGUAUUGAUCUGAUCAACUACCAGAUACAACAAUUAUUACCAGGUGAUUUGAUGUCAUUCAAGUCGAUCGAUGCUACUGUAGAAGAAAACGAUGCAGUGAAUUUCCUAAUCGAAUUUUUAAAUUCUUUAGACAUAUCAGGAAUGUAA